UUAAGGGAACGUGGCUUUUCCCGCAGCGCCCGUCUUCCCGUCUUGUGUCUCUGCUGCGGCGGCGGGAGCUGGAGUCGGACCCGGAGCGCAGCGUCGCCAUGGACUCGGCCCUCAGCGACCCGCACAACGGCAGCGCCGAGGCAGGCGGCGCAGCCAACGGCACGACGCGGCCGCCUUCCACGCCCGAGGGCAUCGCGCUGGCCUACGGCAGCCUCCUGCUCAUGGCGCUGCUGCCCAUCUUCUUCGGCGCCCUGCGCUCGGUGCGCUGCGCCCGCGGCAAGAACGCCUCAGACAUGCCCGAGACUAUCACCAGCCGGGACGCCGCCCGGUUCCCCAUCAUCGCCAGCUGCACGCUCUUGGGGCUCUAUCUCUUUUUCAAAAUAUUCUCCCAGGAGUACAUCAACCUCUUGCUGUCCAUGUAUUUCUUCGUGUUGGGGAUCCUGGCCCUGUCCCACACCAUCAGCCCCUUCAUGAAUAAGUUUUUUCCAGCCAGCUUCCCAAAUCGACAGUACCAGCUGCUCUUCACGCAGGGCUCUGGGGAGAACAAGGAAGAGAUCAUCAAUUAUGAGUUUGACGCCAAGGACCUGGUAUGCCUGGGCCUGAGCAGCAUCGUUGGCGUCUGGUACCUGCUGAGGAAGCACUGGAUUGCCAACAACCUCUUUGGCCUGGCCUUCUCCCUUAACGGGGUGGAGCUCCUGCACCUAAACAACGUCAGCACCGGCUGCAUCCUGCUAGGCGGGCUCUUCAUCUACGAUGUCUUCUGGGUAUUUGGCACCAAUGUGAUGGUGACAGUGGCCAAGUCCUUUGAGGCACCAAUAAAAUUGGUGUUUCCCCAGGACCUACUGGAGAAGGGCCUCGAAGCGGACAACUUUGCCAUGCUGGGACUUGGAGAUAUCGUCAUUCCAGGGAUCUUCAUUGCCUUGCUGCUACGUUUUGACAUCAGCUUAAAGAAGAACACCCACACCUACUUCUACACCAGCUUCGCAGCCUACAUCUUUGGCCUGGGCCUCACCAUCUUCAUCAUGCACAUCUUCAAGCAUGCCCAGCCUGCCCUUCUGUACCUGGUCCCCGCCUGCAUCGGCUUUCCUGUCCUGGUGGCACUGGCCAAGGGGGAAGUGACAGAGAUGUUCAGCUACGAGUCCUCGGCGGAAAUCCUGCCUCACACCCCGAGGCUCACCCACUUCCCCACAGUCUCGGGCUCCCCAGCCAGCCUGGCCGACUCCAUGCAACAGAAGCUAGCUGGCCCUCGCCGCCGGCGCCCGCAGAAUCCCAGCGCCAUUUAUGAGGAGUCAAAUCCUAAGGAUGCAGCAGCAGUGACAGAGGGAUCCAAAGAGGGAACAGAGGCCUCGGCAUCAAAGGGGCUGGAGAAGAAGGAGAAGUGAUACGGCUGGGGCCUGACCCUCCGGGGGCCAGGCCAGGCAGGCGGGGGCAGGCCAGCAGAGGCCUGCGCUGGCAGAGGGCAUCGGAGGCCAAGGGUGCGGGAGGCCGGGCAGCUUCAGGAGAGGGCCGGGGGCAACAGGAUCCCUCCAGCGGGGCCUCCCAUGGCCUGGUCCCUUCGUCGUCCUUCCCUGGCCUUCCUCUGCCCCUUCCCAUCCCCUGCAGGCAGAAGCAGCCCCAACUUCCCUCACCCUCCCAGAUGCCAGGCGGGAAAAGUGGAUCUGAUUUUUAGAUUUUUGUAUUGUGGACUGACUUUGCCUUACAUUAAAAAUUCAUCCCAGGGGUGCCUGGGUGGCUCAGU